AUAAAAGAAACGAAGAAGACGAACACGAUUCAACAUCUCCAGUCAGUUCAAUUCAAUGCCUUAUUGUACUCUACAGCUCUCGCUUCCCAUUUAUGCUUUGAAUUCUUCUAGAAGGACUCCCAAUUUCAGACCUUGCUUCUCUCGAACCGCGUGCUCAUCCUCUAACUCUUCUCAUUACGAAGACGACGAUGCCGGUAACGGCGGGAACCGAGACCAGCCACAUCUGAUAUUGGUGGAGAGAUAUGGAAAUGGCACUGCUAAGAGGUAUGUGGUAGGUGAUGAAUUGCAGGUAGACACAUUUGUCGAGGAACCUAGUUCAAAUCCUACUACCUCCCGCAGCUCACAUUUCUCCAAUGCUGAAUUAUUGUGGCUUCCGGCUAUUGUUAAAGAUUUCAUCUUUCCUGCAGGCUUCCCAGGAUCAGUUUCUGAUGAUUAUCUACUGUACAUGUUGUUACAGUUCCCUACCAAUGUUACUGCAUGGAUAUGUCAGACUUUAGUCACUUCAAGUCUACUAAAGGCUGUUGGUGUUGGCUCCUUUUCUGGCAGUACUGCUGCUGCUUCAGCUGCUGCUAUCAGAUGGGUUUCAAAAGAUGGAAUAGGAGCUGUUGGACGCUUGUUUAUCGGUGGGCGAUUUGGGAAUCUUUUUGAUGAUGAUCCAAAGCAGUGGCGCUUAUAUGCAGACUUCAUUGGCAGUGCAGGAAGCAUUUUCGAUCUUACUACACCAUUGUAUCCUGCCUUUUUCCUGCCGUUGGCAUCUCUCGGAAAUCUCACUAAGGCUGUUGCCAGAGGACUAAAAGAUCCUUCAUUCCGAGUGAUUCAAAGUCAUUUUGCCAUUUCGGGAAAUCUGGGAGAUGUAGCAGCAAAGGAAGAAGUUUGGGAAGUAACUGCUCAGCUGCUUGGCCUUGGUUUGGGCAUACUGUUCCUGGAUACACCUGGCCUUGUCAAAUCAUACUCAACUUUGGUGACUACAUGGAUAGUCAUGCGGCUUCUGCACCUCUGGUUGCGCUAUCUAUCACUAUCAGUUCUCCAAUUUGACUCAAUAAAUCUUAAGCGUGCUUGUAUAUUGGUAAAGUCACACAUAUUAUACUCUACUGUUCCUGGUAUCAUGAGUUGCAAUAAGGAAGAGAACAUAUUAUUGUGGCCAAGAUUUAUGACACCCCGAAUAACAUUUGGUGUGCCCUUGGAAGAGAUGAUUGUUGGGGAGAAAGCUGCUCCAAUGGUUAAGGCACUUCUGAAACUAUAUUCAAAAGAGAAGUAUAUCCUUGUAGUGAACCAACAAAGAAGUGACUUUGAGGUAUUUGUGUCAUUUAAGGUAGGAGCUACAAGUAUGUCCGUCCUACGAAGUGUAUGGCAAGCGUAUUGGUUACAUGAGAACUGGAAUAGCUCAUGCAUGACACUUGAACAGCUUUCUCAAAGCCAUUUGGAGAUGGAAGAUAGGUUUGAGGACUUCAUCUUACAGUUGAAUAGAAUUGGCUGGGAUACACUUCAAAUUAACUUGAAGGUCCCCAAGGAAAUUUCCCUCGAUGAAAUGAUACCCAUUUGAAUAUCAUAUAUGGUUUAUCACAAUGUUUCUGAUGCCAUUUGUUCUUGGUCUUAAGUUGGUUGAUCUGCAAAUGGCAUCAUGAUGGCAUUUGGAUAUUCAUGCACGGAUGCACCCUGGGUUUUCCCAGGAGCAAAGAACCUGAGCCACACAGAGGUUCUGCAGUUUUAGAGUGGAAUCUGUUUUCCGUCUGGUGGGUUUUUUUAGAGUGAAAUUUUGUCUGUAGGAUCUUAAUUAUAAAUGCUUCUCUAUUCUGCAGUAAAUCUCCUAACUGUGCAUUAUUCUUAUGUUGCAAAUUCUCUCAUGUUAUUCUAUCGUUGUCAAAGAUGUAAUACUACAAGACAGUGACACUACGACACCGAGACUAUAGCAGUCUAUACGCAAGAAAUUGUAUCCAGACUUCAAACUUUCAGUCUAUAGGAAAGCCAGUGACAUCAAUAGAACUGAGAAAUCACAUCUUACCAAAUCA